AUGGCUGUCAUCUUCGGUUCGAAGAAAGGCAUUCACGUCUAUUCAGCUAGCCGACUUCAGCGAUGGGUAACCGUCCUUUUUGGCUACGAUUUCGAAAUUCGCUACUGUCGCGCUGCAGACUUUGGUCAGACUGACGCCCUUUCUCGCGUCAUCAGCAAUCAUCUGGAACCGGAAGAAGACACAGUGAUUGCCUCUGUUUCGAUUGAGGACGACGUGCGUCAUCAGCUAUCAGACGCCGAAUAG